AUGUGUGCGGAUAGCUGGGGUAGAAGCAGCUUUGCCAGAGCCUUGAUUGAAGUUAGUGCAGAUAAUGUUCUUAAGGACCAAAUAGUUGUUGCUAUACCGAAGCUGGAAGAGGAUGGUUUUAUCAUGGAAAAAGUUAAACUUGAGUAUGAAUGGAAACCGCAUCAUUGUGCUAAUUGUUGCAUUUUUGGUCAUAAUGACCAAAACUGUCCUAAGAAUGUUAAUGUUAGCCAAAAGCAAGUAACGGUGGAUGAGGAAGGUUUUGUCACGGAUAAAAGAAAGGUUGCUAGGUUUGGGGUUGGACAGAAAAAACAGAAACAAAAGUUUGUUUACAAGCCAAAACCGAACAAAUCGGGUGCGAGCACUUCAGGAACGAAGCAAGAUAACAGCUCGGGGUCUAGUCAUAUUAAAACAGUGAAUCCAUUUGAAGUUUUAGCGAGCGUGGAAGGAUAUGGAGAGGAGCUCGGAGAUGUUGAUAUAGAAACUAGGCUGCAUGUGGAGACAAAUCGGUCUACGAAGACAGAUGACGAGGUGAAGGAGGUUACUCCGACUGAGAUGGCACAGUUUAUGACUAAUAAUCAGUAUACUAAUUCUGAGGGGGCAAGCACUCCCGGUCUGAAUGGUUUAAAUGGGUAG